CUGAGUUUUGUCGCAAGUGCGUCCCCUUCAAUUCCGUAGCGGAUGCCCUGAAUCCUCAAUGUUGCUGAAGUGAAACGAUUUGAAACCCUAACGUGAUUGCAACUGUUUCUCCAUCGUCGUUGUUGCUGCUACUGCCAACUCAGUUGCUAUUAUCCGAUUUUUUGUUGUUGUUGUUAUUGUUAUUGUACCGCGAGGGCGUUGAUAGCACACGUUUUGUCAGGGUGAAGAAUUGGCUGUGGCCAGGUGAAGUGCAGCUUCGAAGAUGAGUUCGGGGCCAGGAGGGACGGGCCACUCCCUGGCCUUUCGCGUCAUGCGGCUAUGUCGCCCGGCAUUGCAAGUAGAUCUGGGACUUAGGUUCGACCCUAUGGAUCUGGUCCAAGGAGAAGAUUUACAUGACAGCGAGGAGUUGCAAGCGAGUAUUGAAUCCCGGGAUAAGGAAGGGCCUUAUUGGAGAAGAAGUGAAUUGGAAAAACCGAUCGAUGCUUUAGGGCUUCCUGGACUCUUAGUGCUCCCACAGACCUUCGGCUCCAUCUACUUGGGCGAGUCUUUUUGCAGCUACAUUAGCGUGGGCAACCACUCAAACCACGACGUUCGAGAUGUUGGAAUCAAGGCGGAGUUGCAAACUGAGAGGCAGCGUGUAACCUUGUAUGAUAAUACGAAGGCGCCCAUGGAUUUUAUUUGCGCGGGGGGCCGUCAUGACUUCAUUAUUGAGCAUGAUAUCAAAGAGCUCGGACCUCAUACGUUGGUUUGCAUGGCGGUUUACACAGACGCUGAUGCAGAACGAAAGUACCUGCCACAAUAUUUUAAGUUUAUGGCAUCAAAUCCUCUCUCAGUCCGGACGAAGGUGCGCAUAGUGAAGGAUACUACAUAUCUGGAAGCUUGCAUAGAGAAUAGCACAAAAUCACUUCUUUUCUUGGACCACGUGCGCUUCGAUCCACAGCCUCCUAUGACUGUGUCUGUUUUGGAAGUGGAGAGCAAUGAAAAUGAUGAAUCUGAAGGUCCAUUAAGUGGCCUCUUGAAACAAAUUAAAGUCAUAAAAGCAAAUGGUGGUACCCGCCAUUUUCUUUACCAGUUCCAUAAACCAGCAGGAGUACCUGUGUCAACUAAGGCAGAUGGCAGUAACACUCUUGGGAAGUUGGAAAUCAUGUGGCGGACUACUCUUGGAGAACCUGGUCGAUUGCAAACACAACAAAUUUUGGGCAAUCCAUCACCUCGAAAGGAAGUGAGUCUUCGUAUUGUGGAGAUUCCCUCUCGCAUCCUUCUGGAGAGACCCUUUCUGGUCCGAAUGAGUGUAAGCAACCACACUGACAGGACUGUUGGCCCUCUUCAGAUUUCAAUGUCUCAAGAUGAUGCUCAGGGUGUGCCCAGAGCAAUUGUUGUGAAUGGCCUUUGGAGCAUGACUGUGCCGCAAUUAGAUCCAUUGGCUUCCACGGAUGUUAAUCUGAGUUUGGUUGCUACCGCGGUUGGUGUCCAGAAGAUCACCGGCGUAGGGUUGACUGAUCGGCGAGAUGGCAAGCCCUAUGAUGCUUUGACAGCUACUGAGGUGUUUGUGGAGUCCGAGUGAAUUGCAAAAAUAGUAAGAAUUAGAGGAAUAAAAAAAUCAUCAGCAUAGUAUGUUACCAACACUGAAUCAUCGAAGAGAGGCAUUUUCCUACAGGAUUCCUGGAAUUGUCUUGAAGCAUGUAAUUCCCUGCUAGGAAUAUUUAUUCCUACAUUUCAAAAUCUGAACCACUUCGAACAGGUCGGAUCUAAGCCCACAAUAUCUAAUGCACAUCGGGGUUCAGAAUCAUCGAAGGAGUAGUAGAUAAGCCUGAUUGGGACUUUUCAGCUGCUCUCUUUGUUGGGUAUAAUCAAUUGUAAACAAUCUUUUCACAAGAUCUACAAUGUAGACGCGUAUUGAUGGGUGAAUUCUUCAAGUGCUUCUUAAAUGAAGCAUACACAGUCUGCUAUAUUUAGUAGACGUACGCAUGGC